AUGGCUGCUACAUUUUCUUUCCUCUUUGUGACAAUCUUGAUCUUGGUUUUCCCCAUUGUCGAAGGUCGAAUUCUUGAACAUGAAGGUUCAGAAAUUAGUAGUGAAAGGAUCUCAGAUGGAGUUGAACACAAACUCAAGAAUCAGUCAAAUUAUCUAAGUCUAGGCAACUUGAAGGAACUUCCUUCAGGGGAUCAAUGUAAUCAUAUAUAUGGUUUUUUUCCAUGUGCAGAGAAUAUUGGAGGGUACUUAUUCAUGAUUGUCACAUUUCAGUACUUGUUGAUUCUUGGUGAGAAAGUAUUGGCCAUUGGAAGCAACAGGCUCUUUAGUAUCCUUGACACUGGUAUUUUUGGUGCAAGUAUCUUUCCCACACUUAUAACUUGGCCAAGAAUUGUUAUGGCCUUUGCAUCUGGACUAUUGGUUACUAGAGAGAAAGCUCAAGUAUCAGUAUCUUCUGCACUUGGUUCCAAUGUUGGUUCUAGUGUUUUGAAUCUUACUGUACUCUGGGGCAUAUGUGUUAUACUUGGCAGACAAAAUACCUCAACAAAUUCAAAUAGUGCAGAAUCCUCCACUUCUACUUUGAAGUUGGAGGACUUGAAGGGUAUGUUCAUUUACCUUGAACUUAGGAAAAACAAAGAUUUGAGAAUCACACCUUUUUUUUUGGUACUUACAGGUAGAGGAGUCAUAACAAACAAUCUUACUGGUUAUAUAGCUGGAAUCAUGUUUCUCUCACUUGCACCAUUCACAAUAAUGCUAUUCGGCGAUAUCAUCAGUUCAUCUGUAGGAAAGCGCAUUACCAUUCUUGUUGCUCUUAUUGUAUCAGUCACAUUUUUGCUGUCAUAUUUCACUUACCAGAUGUGGAAUCCAUUGAUUCAACAAAAGAGUUUAGAGUACAUAAAACACCAAAAUCUGGUGCAAGUAUUUGUGCAGCAUAUCCAAAGGCAAGCAAGAGGAAAUCUCUUUAAAGGGGGUCAUCCUGACAUUAACGCGCUUAAAAGAUUAUUUGCCAAAACAGACAGAGAUAGGAGCCAUUCAAUAACAGUCACUGAACUAGAAGAACUGGUAAAACAGCUUGAAUCUGGAAAGGUUAAAGUGGACAGUGACUUUGCCCUGUCAACACUGUCAAGAAUAUUCGAUCAAAACAGAGAUGGAAGGAUAAAUGAAGAAGAGUUCAUUGAGGGAUCCAAGAAGUUGAUACAGGAAGCUAAGGACGAUUCCACCUCGAAGAAAUUUCUUGAUGAGGUGGUUAAGGCAUACACAGAGGGACAAAAAAAAGAUAUAGUUAAGAUUGAGGAGCUCAUACCACGAGCUUUGAAGCAAAUUCAGAAGCAAACAAUUGAAUCCGAAGGCCUUCGAAAUGAUGAUGGUAGCCCCAACAUCGAAUCCAUUAAAAGGCUCUUCCAUAAGUUAGAUGAUGAUCAUAACAGUUAUUUAAUACCGUCAGAACUGGAGAAGCUAACGGAAAAUGUCAAAUUCAGACAGGCACGCCUGAAUCACAAAACCUCUGUAAAGGAAAUCAUGAAGGACUUCGAUCAAAAUGAUGAUCACAUGAUCGAUGAAAAUGAGUUUCUCCGUGGUGUGACAUAUUGGCUUCGUAAUGCCAAACAAACUAUUAAAGAACAUCAUGAUAAGGUGAUGUGGGGAGAAGUUGACAAGUUCUUGGAUGAAGCAGAAAGAGGAAACCAUAGACGUUUCAACCACUCUUUGGUGUUAAAAUGGGACAUCUGCAAGUCUGUGUUGCAAGUGAUUUUGGGCAUUGCUAUAUUGACACUGUGUGCAGAUCCAAUCAUGGAUAACAUUAUACGACUGGCGAGUGCAAUUGGCGUGCCUUCUUUCUUCCUAUCAUUUGUCAUAGUACCUUUGGCUAUCAAUGCAAGAACUGCAAUAACAGCAAUAACUUUACUAUCAUCAGCAAAUCAGCAGAGUUGCACAACUUCUUCUUUGACAUUUUCCGAGAUCUAUGUGGGGGUGAUCAUGAACAACAUUAUGGGGAUGUCAACUGUGUUAACUGUAUUAUAUGCCAAAGACUUGAGAUGGGAGUACUCACCCGAAGUGUUGGUAUCUAUGGUGAUAUGUGCUGUAACUGGCUCUUUUGCAUUCACCCGUACCACUUAUCCACUUUGGACUUGUAUUGUAGCUUUCUUGUUUUAUCCUAUAGCACUUGCACUACUUUAUAUUUUACAAUAGUUACAAUCUAAUUAUUCUUGUAAUUAAAAUCCUAUAUUCUACUCAUUUAUAGCUGCAUAUGUAUGGUGGUGAUGUUACUGCUUUACACUAAUUACUAUAA